GGCCCCGCCCCUCUCUCGCCUCAGGCCGAAGCCUCCGGACGGCCCUGGUAGCCGACCAUGGCAGCAGUGACCCUGUCAGUGCCCGGGCGAAAGGUGACCCCCAAGCCGGGCCCGGUGCCCGAGGCGGCCCAGCCCUUCCUGUUCGCGCCCCGCACUCCGGGCGCAGGCAGCGGGCCGGGGGCAGCAGGCAGCGCCCCGCAGGUUGAGUGGACGGCGAGGCGCCUGGUGUGGGUGCCGUCGGAGCUGCACGGGUUCGAGGCCGCGGCGCUGCGCGAUGAGGGCGAGGAGGAGGCCGAGGUGGAGCUGGCGGAGAGUGGCCGGCGGCUGCGGCUGCCCAGGGACCUGAUCCAGCGCAUGAACCCGCCCAAGUUCAGCAAGGCGGAGGACAUGGCCGAGCUGACCUGCCUCAACGAGGCCUCGGUGCUGCACAACCUGCGCGAGCGCUACUACUCAGGCCUCAUCUAUACGUACUCCGGCCUGUUCUGUGUGGUCAUCAACCCGUACAAGCAGCUUCCCAUCUACACGGAGGCCAUUGUGGAGAUGUACCGGGGUAAGAAGCGCCACGAGGUGCCGCCCCACGUGUACGCGGUGACGGAGGGAGCAUAUCGGAGCAUGCUGCAGGACCGUGAGGAUCAGUCAAUUCUCUGCACUGGGGAGUCUGGAGCUGGGAAGACAGAAAACACCAAGAAGGUCAUCCAGUACCUAGCUCAUGUGGCAUCAUCGCCAAAAGGCAGAAAGGAUCCAGGCGUCCCCGGGGAGCUGGAGAGGCAGCUUCUUCAGGCCAACCCCAUCCUGGAGGCCUUUGGCAACGCCAAGACCGUAAAGAAUGAUAACUCGUCCCGAUUUGGCAAGUUUAUCCGGAUCAACUUCGACGUUGCAGGGUACAUCGUGGGCGCCAACAUCGAGACCUACCUGCUGGAGAAGUCGCGGGCCAUCCGCCAGGCCAAGGACGAGUGCAGCUUUCACAUCUUUUACCAGCUGCUAGGAGGUGCUAGUGAGCAACUAAAAGCUGACCUCCUCCUGGAGCCCUGCUCCCAGUACAGAUUCCUGACCAAUGGGCCAUCGUCCUCACCAGGCCAGGAGCGGGAGCUGUUCCAGGAGACCUUGGAGUCCCUGCGGGUGCUGGGGUUCACUCCUGAGGAGAUCACCUCCAUGCUUCGGACGGUGUCCGCUGUCCUUCAGUUUGGCAACAUCGUGCUCAGGAGUGAGAGAAACACAGAUCAAGCCACCAUGCCUGACAACACAGCUGCACAGAAACUCUGCUGCCUCCUGGGAGUGGGGGUGACCGAUUUCUCCCGUGCUCUGCUCACACCCCGCAUCAAAGUCGGCCGAGAUUUUGUGCAAAAAGCCCAGAGCAAGGAACAGGCCGACUUCGCGCUGGAGGCCCUGGCCAAGGCCACCUACGAGCGCCUCUUCCGCUGGCUGGUCCUGCGCCUCAACCGCGCCCUAGACCGCAGUCCCCGCCAGGGCGCCUCCUUCCUGGGCAUCCUGGACAUCGCGGGCUUCGAGAUCUUCCAGCUGAACUCCUUCGAGCAGUUGUGCAUCAACUACACCAACGAGAAGCUGCAGCAGCUCUUCAACCACACCAUGUUCGUGCUGGAGCAGGAGGAGUACCAGCGCGAGGGCAUCCCCUGGACCUUCCUGGACUUCGGCCUUGACCUGCAGCCCUGCAUCGACCUCAUUGAGCGCCCGGCCAACCCUCCUGGACUCCUGGCCCUGCUGGAUGAGGAGUGCUGGUUCCCCAAGGCCACAGACAAGUCCUUCGUGGAGAAGGUGGCCCAGGAGCAGGGUGGACAUCCCAAGUUCCAGCGCCCAAGGCAACUCCGGGAUCAGGCGGACUUCAGUGUCCUACACUAUGCUGGCAAGGUCGACUACAAGGCCAACGAGUGGCUGAUGAAGAACAUGGACCCACUGAAUGACAACGUGGCAGCCUUGCUUCACCAGAGCGCAGACAGGCUGACAGCUGAGAUCUGGAAAGAUGUGGAGGGCAUUGUGGGGCUGGAGCAGGUGAGCAGCCUUGGGGACGUCCCCCCUGGUGGCCGCCCCCGCCGAGGGAUGUUCAGGACAGUGGGACAGCUCUACAAGGAAUCACUGAGCCGUCUCAUGGCCACGCUGAGCAACACCAACCCCAGCUUUGUCCGCUGCAUCGUCCCCAAUCAUGAGAAGAGGGCCGGGAAGCUGGAGCCAAGGCUGGUUCUGGACCAGCUGCGCUGCAAUGGCGUCCUGGAGGGAAUCCGCAUCUGCCGCCAGGGCUUCCCCAACCGCAUCCUGUUCCAGGAGUUCCGGCAGCGGUACGAAAUCCUCACACCCAAUGCCAUUCCCAAAGGCUUCAUGGACGGGAAGCAGGCGUGUGAGAAGAUGAUCCAGGCCCUGGAACUGGACCCCAACCUCUACCGCGUGGGGCAGAGCAAGAUCUUCUUCCGGGCAGGGGUCCUGGCCCAGUUGGAAGAGGAACGGGACCUGAAGGUCACAGACAUCAUCGUAUCCUUCCAGGCAGCUGCCCGGGGAUACCUGGCUCGCAGGGCCUUCCAGCGGCGCCAGCAGCAGCAGAGCGCGCUGAGGGUGAUGCAGCGGAACUGUGCCGCUUACCUCAAGCUGCGGCACUGGCAGUGGUGGCGCCUCUUCAUCAAGGUGAAGCCCCUGCUGCAGGUGACACGGCAGGACGAGGUGCUGCAGGCGCGGGCCCAGGAGCUGCAGAAAGCCCAGGAGCUGCAGCAACAGAGCGCCCGCGAAGUGGGGGAGCUCCAGAGCCGCGUGGCACAGCUGGAGGAGGAGCGCGCCCACCUGGCCGAGCUGUUGCGCACAGAGGCCGAGCUGUGCGCAGAGACGGAGGAGACGCGUACCCGGCUGGCAGCGCGUAAGCAGGAGCUGGAGCUAGCGCUGUCAGAGCUGGAGGCCCGCGUGGGCGAGGAGGAGGAGUGCAGUCGCCAGCUGCAAUCCGAGAAGAAGAGACUGCAGCAGCACAUACAGGAGCUGGAGAGCCACUUGGAGGCUGAGGAGGGGGCACGACAGAAGCUGCAGCUGGAGAAGGUGACCACGGAGGCGAAGAUGAAGAAGUUUGAAGAGGACCUGCUCAUCUUGGAGGACCAGAACACCAAGCUAAGCAAGGAGCGGCGGCUGCUGGAGGAGCGUCUGGCCGAGUUCUCCUCGCAGGCCGCUGAGGAGGAGGAGAAGGUCAAGAGCCUCAAUAAACUCCGGCUCAAAUACGAGGCCACCAUUGCGGACAUGGAAGACCGCCUGCGCAAGGAGGAGAAGGGGCGCCAGGAGCUGGAGAAGUUGAAGCGGCGGCUGGACGGGGAGAGCUCGGAGCUGCAGGAGCAGAUGCUGGAGCAGCAGCAGCGCGCCGAGGAGCUGCGGGUGCAGCUGGGCCGCAAGGAAGAGGAACUGCAGGCGGCGCUGGCCAGGGCAGAGGAGGAGGGCGGGGCCCGAGCCCAGCUGCUCAAAUCCCUCCGGGAGGCACAGGCCGGCUUGGCGGAGGCGCAGGAGGACCUGGAGACCGAGCGCGCGGCCAGGGCCAAGGCCGAGAAGCAGCGCCGGGACCUGGGCGAGGAGCUGGAGGCCCUGCGCGGGGAACUGGAGGACACAUUGGACUCCACCAACGCCCAGCAGGAGCUGCGUUCCAAGAGGGAGCAAGAGGUGAUCGAGCUAAAGAAAGCUCUGGAGGAGGAGACGCGGGUUCACGAGGUGGCAGUCCAGGAGCUGAGGCAGCGGCACGGCCAGGCGCUCGGGGAGCUGUCGGAGCAGCUGGAGCAGGCCCGGCGGGGCAAAGGUGCCUGGGAGAAAACUCGCUCGGCUCUGGAGGCUGAGGUGUCUGAGCUGCGAGCAGAGCUGAGUAGCCUGCAGACCACGAGGCAAGAGGGGGAGCAGAAGAGGCGCCGCCUGGAGUCUCAGCUGCAGGAGGUGCAGAGCCGGGCUGGCGAUGGGGAACGGGCUCGAGUGGAGGCCGCUGACAAGCUGCAGCGAGCCCAGGCUGAACUGGAGACCGUGUCCUCGGCACUGAAUGAGGCCGAGUCCAAGGCCAUCAGGCUGGGCAAGGAGCUGAGCAGCACAGAGGCCCAGCUACACGACGCCCAGGAGCUGCUGCAGGAGGAGACCCGGGCCAAGCUGGCCUUGGGGUCCCGUGUGCGUGCCAUGGAGGCCGAGGCUGCCGGGCUGCGGGAGCAGCUGGAGGAGGAGGCGGCCGCCAGGGAGCGGGCCGGACGCGAGUUGCAGAGCGCCCAGGUCCAGCUCUCAGAGUGGCGGCGCCGUCAGGAGGAGGAGGCUGGCGCACUGGAAGCCGGGGAGGAGGCUCGGCGCCGGGCAGCCCGGGAGGCUGAGGCACUGGCCCAGCGCCUGGCUGAGAAGACGGAGGCUGUGGAGCGGCUGGAACGGGGCCGCCGGCGGCUGCAACAGGAGCUGGACGAUGUCACCGUGGAUCUGGAGCAACAGAGGCAGCUCGUGAGCUCGCUGGAGAAGAAGCAGAAGAAGUUCGACCAGCUCCUGGCGGAGGAGAAGACUGCCGUGCUGCGGGUGGUGGAGGAGCGCGAGCGGGUGGAGGCCGAGGGCCGGGAGCGUGAGGCUCGGGCCCUGUCACUGACACGGGCCCUGGAGGAGGAGCAGGAGGCUCGGGAGGACCUGGAGCGCCAGAACCGGGCCCUGCGGGCCGAGCUGGAGGCACUGCUGAGCAGCAAGGAUGACGUCGGCAAGAGUGUGCAUGAGUUGGAACGAACCCGCAGGAUGGCAGAACAGGCAGCCAGUGACCUGCGGACACAGGUGACAGAACUGGAGGAUGAGCUGACGGCAGCGGAGGACGCCAAGCUGCGCCUGGAGGUGACCGUGCAGGCUCUGAAGACUCAGCAUGAACGUGACCUGCAGGGCCGCGAUGAGGCUGGCGAGGAGAGGCGGAGGCAGCUGGCCAAGCAGCUGAGGGACGCAGAAGUAGAAAGGGACGAGGAGCGGAAGCAGAGGGCCCUGGCAGUGGCCGCGCGCAAGAAGCUGGAGGCCGAGCUGGAGGAGCUGAAGGCGCAGACGGCAGCCGCGGGGCAGGGCAAGGAGGACGCAGUGAAGCAGCUGCGGAAGAUGCAGACCCAGAUGAAGGAGCUGUGGCGGGAGGUGGAGGAGACCCGCGGCUCCCGGGAGGAGAUCUUCACUCUGAACCGGGAGAGUGAGAAGCGCCUCAAGGGGCUGGAAGCAGAGGUGCUGCGGCUGCAGGAGGAACUGGCGGCCUCAGACCGCGCCCGGAGGCAGGCCCAGCAGGAGCGGGACGAGAUGGCAGAUGAGGUGGCAAACGGCAACCUCAGCAAGACAGCCAUUCUGGAGGAGAAGCGCCAGCUCGAGGGGCGCCUAGGGCAGAUGGAAGAGGAACUGGAGGAGGAGCAGAGCAGCGCUGAGCUGCUCAAUGACCGCUACCGCAAGCUGCUCCUGCAGGUGGAGUCCCUCACCACAGAGCUGUCUGCUGAGCGCAGUUUCUCAGCCAAGGCCGAGAGUGGGCGGCAGCAGCUGGAGCGGCAGAUCCAGGAGCUACGGGGACGGCUGGGUGAGGAGGAUGCUGGGGCCCGGGCCCGCCAGAAGAUGGUGAUUGCUGCCCUUGAGUCUAAGUUGGCCCAGGCGGAGGAGCAACUGGAGCAGGAGAGCAGAGAGCGCAUCCUCUCAGGCAAGCUGGUGCGCAGAGCCGAGAAGCGGCUGAAGGAGGUGGUUCUCCAGGUGGAGGAGGAAAGAAGGGUGGCCGACCAACUUCGGGAUCAGCUGGAGAAAGGGAACCUUCGAGUGAAGCAGCUGAAGCGGCAGCUGGAGGAGGCGGAGGAGGAGGCGUCGCGGGCCCAGGCCGGGCGCCGAAGGCUGCAGCGGGAGCUGGAAGAUGUCACCGAGUCGGCCGAGUCCAUGAACCGCGAGGUGACCACGCUGAGGAACCGGCUCCGGCGAGGCCCGCUCACCUUCACCACGCGCACUGUGCGGCAGGUCUUCCGCCUGGAGGAGGGCGUGGCUUCCGACGAGGAGGGGGCCGAGGAGGCGGAGCCCGGGUCUGUGGUCCCGCCUCCUGAGCCCGAGGCUCCGCCCCCCGCCCAGUCCCAGUGAUCCCGGCUGUUGCAGACACACUGAGCGCAGGGCGCGGCCCCUCACCGGCACCUGCCCCGCGUCCCCACCGCCGGCUUCUUGCACUUUGGAAAUGAUACUGCCCUGCCCUCUGGCACUUCUUGGCAUUCACCAGCUCCACCUGGGCCUCCUGAGACCGCCCAUCCACCAACGGCCCCCAAAAGGAGGAGUGGGGUCCAGGACUGGGCUCCCUCUUGCUUGGUGGAAACUGGGGUAGUUGGCAGGUGUGGUCCGUCAGCCACCUGACCUUUCCUCAGUUGCUAAUGACAGGCCUCCCCCAGCCUUGGACGCCUGCAGAAGGGCCGGACAGGGACAUCUCAUUCCGCUGGGCUCUGCUCUCCUCUCUGGUUGGUCUGUUGUCACAGGUUGGGAUCAGAGGGAUUUAGCGUCCCUCACCCUCCCAGUCUCCAGGCUCUGGUACAAAUAAACUCCAACCUCCGACUGGACCCCUGCCUGUGGCUGUGUGUUCCUGCGGGGGUCUCUGAUGGGGAGGACACCGGCCUCUUCAGCUCCAUGGGCGGGGAUGGGAGGCUACUGGUUCUAAUCAAGGCUUCCACAGCGGGGUGUGAGGUCCUCCUGUGGAUGGGGCUCGUAUGUCUUCUUUGCCCCAGUGUCUGAGCUAUUACCUUCAGAACACAGAUGAGAAAACUAAGGCUCAGAGUGGCAUUGGCCCUCUUCCAAGCUUCCCAGUGAGCUCCAGGAGGGGAACUGCACCCAAGCUAACACUCAGGUCUUUGUAAAAUAAUAACAGUAAUAA